AUGGAGUCUCCCUACUUUUAUAUUCAUCCUUUUCUGUGUAUUAUUUCAAUAUAAUAUACAGAAAAAUAAAAAUAGAGCUUCUUUUGGCUAAGAUUAUUAUAUUACCAUUAUUUAUAUCUGAUAUCAAAUUAUAUUUAUUUUAUCUUCUUUCCUUACUUUUUUCUUUUUCUCUUGAUUUCUGCAAUAAUCCUUUUAUAAUCAAUAUGUGAUAGCUAUUAAAAAAUAUCAAAAUCGACAUCCUACAAUACAAUCGCUCUUUGUUUCACACCCAUUAUGAAGACAUAAGUUCAAAGUUGA